AUGCCAAACAUGAACUCAGCAGCACCGCCGACUCUUUUCCCUGAGCCCCCGAUGCCGACGGUAGGAUUCGCGUCUACGAGUACGAACAUGUUUUUCCCGACGGGGCAGAUAAACCCGAUGCAGACCUCGUCUGGAUUUUCGUCAACGACCUCAAUGGCAGUGUCUGGUGUUACCACGUCGACUCAAGGUUACGCAAUGAGCUCAGGGGUGCAGACCUUCACGCCUAACGCGUACAUGACCUCUACCAGUGGGGCACCCAACGCGUCCGCUGCAUUUAUGAACCAGCAGAACUACAUGAUGGGCGGUGGGAUGAUGAAUCCACAGCAGCAAUUCAUGCCAAUGCCCAUGCCGAUGAAUAUGGCACCAUCGAGUGGCGGCAAUAUGUUCGGCAACAAUUAUGGUAUGUCUUCGGUGCCGACGUCGGCAAGCAGCUCCAACACCGGCAACAGCAGCAGCGGUAACAAUUUUCCUGUGGAUCCAUUUAUGACCCCGCUCGGGUUUAGCCCCGAUCCAAGCUUCGGUUCAAGCGGCUUCCCGAUGGCUGGUAUGGCUGGUAUGUCGAUGCAACAACAGCAGCAGAUGAUGGCGUCUAUGAGUGGUGGCAAUUUUGGAGCACAAGGCGCAUCAAUGAUGCCCAACAAUUUUGGUUAUGGGGGGAUGUCGACUGGCCCAACGUCUUCAUCACAAAACAUGAUGCCGCAGGCACUGCCAAAUCAGCAGUUUCAGCCUGCACCUGGUGGACUACAACCUUUUCAGCAACAGAAUCAGCUUCCUCACCAUCCACCACAGCAACCCGGAGCAGGAUCCAUGAAUAUGCCACCAGAUUCUGCACUAUAUGGUGACAGCAACGUUAAUAUCUUCGAAGGACUGACAGAUGAUGCCUUCUUUCCAAUGCAAUGA